GGUAGUCACUUUUUUUACUUACUUUCAGACUGAACAAUACUAAGCGGAAGCUAGCUGUAGAUCUACUCGCUGCCAACCAGUCUUUGGAUCAUCGACACACCACGGUUUCCAUUCAGAUCAACUCUGCACGUCGCGCCUGGCCUGUCCAAUGCAGGCUAGGCUAUGCCGCAGUAGGCGACGUGUUCGCGAAAUAUUUCGUGUCUUCCGUGAUUAUUGCUCGCGACAAGAUGUCGGUGGAUGUCAUUUUAGCGAAAACUUCGGUAGUCACUGUCGUAGCUGCUUUGAUUCUGGCAGCGUGCUAUCAUUACCGGCAACCGUCUGCACGUCGCGCCUGGCCUGUCCAAUGCAGGCUAGGCUAUGCCGCAGUAGGCGACGUGUUCGCGAAAUAUUUCGUGUCUUCCGUGAUUAUUGCUCGCGACAAGAUGUUGGUGGAUGUCAUUUUAGUGAAAACUUCGGUAGUCGUAGCUGCUUUGAUUCUGGCAGCGUGCUAUCAUUACCGGCAACCGUCUGCUGCAUCACCGAAAGGCUGGGCAGGCGCGGGCGGUGGAGAUGCGGAGACGAUCAGGCACAAGCAGCCGCACAUCCUGUUUAUUGUUGCUGACGACUUGGGGUGGAAUGACGUCGGCUUUCACAACAAGGACAUGCGGACGCCAAAUCUCGACGCGCUGGCGCACUCCGGCGUCAUCCUGAACCGAUCCUACGUGCAGCCGUCCUGCUCGCCCUCUCGUAGUUGUCUGAUGACCGGACGCUAUGCUCACCACACGGGUUUCCAGAAUGUCCUUCAUCAUUGCCAGCCAUACGGGUUGAACUCCAGUAUGCUGACCAUAGCGCAGCGUCUUAAGCAGCUUGGGUACUCAACGCACGCCAUCGGAAAGUGGCAUCUGGGAUAUUGCAAUGAGAAGUUCCUGCCGACGUCGCGCGGGUUUGAUUCAUUUUACGGCUACUAUGGUGGUAGUCAAGACUACUACACACACUUCAAUGGCGACGGUGCCAAAGCAGAGGUAUUCAGUGGUUAUGAUUUUCACCAUGACAUCGGAGAGAAACGCAGCAUAGACCGAGCAGCAGAAGGAGUCUACUCGACUGAAGCGUUUGCCAAGGAAACGAUUAGCAUUGUGAAAAAGCACAGCACGUCUACUCCUCUCUACAUUUAUCUCGCGUUCCAGGCAAUACAUGCUCCACUGCAGGCGCCGCAGCGCUACUGGAAAAUGUUCAAGGACGUGGCCUGGCACAACCGUCGAGCUGUCUCAGCCAUGGCAACUGCAAUGGAUGGCGCCGUUGGUAACAUUGUAAAGGCGCUCAAGAAGCGCGGCAUCUGGGACAACACGCUUGUCGUCUUCACUUCCGACAACGGAGCGCAGGUGCGCUACGGCGGCAGCAACUACCCUCUACGGGGCAACAAGGGAACGGUGUGGGAAGGUGGCACCCGUAGUCCAGGGUUCGUCCACGGCAAGAUGCUUGGAAAAACCAAACACACCCACAAUGGGAUAAUGCACGUGACGGACUGGUACCCGACUCUUGUCUCCGCUGCUGGCGGCCAUCUUGGCGAUUCGGAGGUGGACGGCGUUGACCAAUGGUCGGCAUUGCGGAACAACUUGCCAUCGCCGCGCACUGGCUUCCCAUACCGGCUCGACAGGACCAGGGGCAUUUUCGCCAUCCGAGAGGGCAAGUACAAGUACAUCAGAGGCAAAGAUCCUUCUAAACACCCAGCAAAAAACACGAAAUUGAAUCUCUGGUACCCGGCAGCAGUUGAUGAAGCCACAUUUGUGACGUUCUAUCGUGAGCUCCAUUUUUAUGAAAACAUCACGCAUAAGGUUGAGACCGGUCCCUGGCUCUUUGAUCUUGACGCUGAUCCCCUGGAGAUGAGCAACCUGUACGCCAAGUUGCCAGGAGUGGCUGCGGCGCUGGACAGAAGAGUAGACGAGUACAUGACAAAUUAUGUGGACCCGAUGGGCAUCCACUACAGCCGAGUAGACCCUAAAUGCAACCCAGCGCUACGUAACGGUACGUGGGACGCCGGAUGGUGUUGAAACAGUGGGCCGCAAGACGAGACAAACAUGAUGUCAGUCAAUAGGGUUGGCAGCUGCAAGCAGGGCAGUGCUUCUUGAAAUCGGAUUGCCGCUUCCCAUCCGUCGACGUGUGAGUGAGCACAUGUGAUAUGUGGCCGGGCUUUGGGGGUGGAGGGAAAGUCCCCUGAUCAUACUGUCCUAUGCUGAUAAUGGCAAGGCACCAGACCGGCCUAUACUACAUGCUUGUAGUGGUGAGGCACUUGCAGUCGGCGGGAAUGGGUUUUCCAGCAGUCAGAAGCGUCAAAACCGAAAUUUCGACCUGGUCUUCGACUAUUUCUGCGCACAGAUGCCUCAGCCCCGGAAUAUAAUUAUGUACAAGGCACUCCGUGCUUUGUCGGCUGAGACUCGUGUCACAGUCAAGUCCAAACUCAAGCCAGAGCACCGCAAAGCCACUGACCAUCCUUGUCCUUCAAGCUUGAGAGCAGUGUAGCAGCUCAGCCGCAUGGCGUGCAACAGCAACCGGAAUGAUCCCAUGCACUCUACACUACACACUUGCUGUCAUUUUUUAAAAUUUCAACUGAUGUGUGUGGAGACAAGAAACUAUUUACGGCAAGCAAUAUUAUUGAUUAUGUUUUAUAGCCGCUCUUCCCUCUUCUACCUCUACAAAAACUAUAGUCCAAACUCAAAGUCGGGGUUUGUAUGUUUCUAAGCAUGUCCUUGUGUGACAGAGCAAAGUUGGAGUUUGUAUGUUUCUAAGCAUGUCCUUGUGUGACAGAGCAAAGUUGGAGUUUGUAUGUUUCCUUUGUGACAGAGCAACCAUCAUUAUACCUUUUGAUGUUUUUGUUAAAGUUGUCGUUUUCUGCACAAGUUCAUCAAACCCAAAUAAUUAUGUUUUGGCUAUUUUAUGCGAUUCUCCCGGGAGAAUACAAUGUUGAGUUCUUAAUUCCAUUCCUCUGAGUUUAACUGUACUCAAAACACAAAAUUUUGAUCAACUUUUAUUCUAAUAUUUAUUCAAGUAGAGUCAUUGGUAGCUACAGUGUUUAUUAAAAUAAACUAUCUUUUAAAUUUUAAAAGCUAUCCAUUUGUAUAACGUAUACUUCUCUGCGUGUUUUUUUCUGUGGAUGUGACGUGCUGAUGAAUAUCAAACGCAGAGCGCUUUGAAUCCGUCUGAAUGCCCUAUUUCGCUUUUUCCGAAGCAUGUAUGACAAU